CCUCGGCAGCUGGAGAUGGCAUGGGAACAGUGAAACAGUGAUUGGGAGGUGCUGCAGGCUUUGUGCUGCUCCCUGGACCCUGGUUCUGGCAGCAGGAGCAGGCGCUCCCAGGAGCUGAUGGAUUAGUGCCAGCAGGCUCAGGAGGGGCUGGAAGGAGCAUGGUCAAACACCAACCCCUGCAGUACUACGAGCCCCAGCUAUGUCUGUCCUGUCUGACCGGGAUCUACGGCUGCCGCUGGAAACGGUACCAGCGGUCACAUGAUGACACCACCAAGUGGGAGCGCCUGUGGUUCCUCAUCCUCACCUCAUCCUUCUUCCUCACCCUGGUGUGGUUUUACUUCUGGUGGGAAGUUCACAAUGACUACAAUGAAAUCAACUGGUUUUUGUAUAACCGGAUGGGAUAUUGGAGUGACUGGUCCAUUCCAAUCCUUGUAACAACCGCUGCUGGCUUCACCUACAUCACAAUGUUACUGAUCCUGGCCCUGUGUCACAUAGCUGUGGGGCAGCAGAUGAACCUGCACUGGCUGCACAAGAUUGGCCUGGUGACAACCUUGAUAACUACUGUGGUGACCAUGUCAUCGAUAGCACAGCUUUGGGAUGAUGAGUGGGACAUGGUUUUUAUUUCACUGCAGGCCACAGCCCCUUUCUUGCAUAUAGGAGCCCUGGCAGCUGUGACAGCGCUGUCGUGGUUGGUGGCAGGGCAGUUUGCACGGACAGAGAAAGCCACCUCGCAGAUGCUGAUGUUCACUGCGUACCUGGCCGUCGUAGUUGCACUUUACCUCGUGCCCCUGGCCAUCUCCUCGCCCUGCAUCAUGGACAAGGCAGCCCUGGCACCCAGGCCAGCCAUCCUGGGGCACCGAGGGGCUCCCAUGCUGGCCCCAGAGAACACUCUGAUGUCCUUCCAGAAGGCAGUGGAGCAGAAGGUGUCCGGAGUGCAGGCUGAUGUGGUACUGAGCUAUGAUGGGGUGCCCUUCCUGAUGCACGACAAGACUCUCAGGAGAACAACCAACGUGGAGGAGGUGUUCCCAGAGCGCGCCUACGAGCACUGCUCCAUGUUCAACUGGACUGACCUGGAGAAGCUCAACGCUGGGGAGUGGUUCCUGCAGAAUGACCCUUUCUGGACAGCAGGGUCUCUCUCAAGGGCUGACUACUUGGAGGCUGCCAACCAGUCGGUCUGCAAGCUGGAAGAUAUGCUGGAGGUGAUCAAGGACAACACAUCCCUGAUCCUGAACUUCCAGGACCUGCCAGCAGCUCAUCCCUACUACAGCACUUACAUCAACAUCACCCUGGAAACCAUCCUGGCAUCGGGGAUUCGGCAGCAGGCUGUGAUGUGGCUGCCAGACACGGAGAGGCAGCUGGUCAGGCAGGUUGCCCCUGGUUUCCAGCAGACCUCUGGCCUGAAGCUGGACGCAGAGCGCCUGCGGGAGAAGGGCAUCGUGAAGCUCAACCUGCGCUACACCAAGGUCACCAACGAGGAGGUCAGGGACUACAGCAUGGCCAACCUGAGUGUGAACCUGUACACGGUGAACGAGCCCUGGCUGUUCUCCAUCCUCUGGUGCGCCGGCGUCCCCUCGGUCACCUCCGACAGCUCCCACCUCCUCCGCAAGGUGCCUUUCCCCAUCUGGCUCAUGCCUCCAGACGAGUACCACCUAAUCUGGAUCACGUCUGAUCUCAUUUCAUUUCUUGUAAUUGUAGGAGUUUUUAUAUUCCAGAACUAUCACAUGAUCAGGUGGCGCCUGGGCAGCAUCAGGACCUACAACCCCGAGCAGAUCAUGCUGAGCGCCGCCGUGCGCCGCUCCAGCCAGGACGUCAAGAUCAUGAAGGAGAAGCUGAUCUUCUCAGAGAUCAACAACGGCGUGGAGAGCACGGAUGAGCUGUCCUUCUGCUCCGAGAACGGCUUUGCCAACGAGCUGGUGACACCCACGGACACCAAGCUGCGAAUCAACUGAGGCUCUGCCAUCACCUGAGGGCUCUGCCAUCACUGAGGCUCUGCCAUCACCGAGGCUCUGCCAUCACCUGAGG